AUGAGACUACAUUUCUCUAUUGAUGAUGAUGUUCAUAGAGUUCAUAGAGGGUUCACUUUGAUUUCUCCAGAUUGUGGUGUACCGUUGCGGCGCCACACUCGACAACCGCGGGAGAGGACGCCAGGACAGCUUCGCAUCAUCAAAGGCCGGGAAUCAAAACGAGGAGCUUGGCCAUGGCAGGUGUCUCUUCAGCUGCUGCACCCGAACUACGGGUUGAUCGGGCACUGGUGUGGAGGAGUGCUGGUCCAUCCGAUGUGGCUGCUGACGACAGCACACUGCAUACACAAUGAGCUUUUCAACCUACCAGUGCCUGCACUUUGGACGGCGGUCCUCGGUGAGUGGGACCGCGCUGAGCAGAAAGGUGCCUACGUUCCUAUUGAGAAGAUUGUUCUGCAUCAUCGGUUCCAUAACUACCAACAUGAUAUUGCAUUAAUGAAGUUAACCAAAUCAGCUGACGUGAGCAAAAGCAGUCGAAUUCGUACAAUCUGCUUACCUCCUUUCGAACCACCGCUAGCAAACUUCGACACAGAUAAAAUAAGCAAUACGUUUUACAUGCCACCAGAAUCACAUAUCGAAACCUCUCGACGAAAAUCAAAGCCAUCAAAACCAAACCCGGAUACCGCAGUAAAGUAUUUGGAGAAGCUUAAUAAUCUAACGAAGAAUAUGUUCUCAGGGUUUGUGAAUAAGAAACACAAAAAUUUAAGAUAUAACGUCAGAGUUUCUAAUGAUUCAGAUAGAGAAGAAGAUAGAAAAACUGGUGAAGAACUAAGAAAAUCUGACAGUGAAAGAGGAAACAAUGAUUUAAUUUACGAUAGCGCGACCUUAGAUAGUGUUGUUAAAUUAAUCAGAACCAGACUUCUUAAAGAAGACUACAAAGUUAAUAUAAACAGAAGUGAUAAGAAGUUGAUGUUUGGUGAAGAAAUAGAUCCUUUUAUUGAUGAUAAUAAUAGGUUAGACUUCAAAGAUGAAUGUUAUGCUACCGGUUGGGGAAGAGAACAAACAAAUGGAACUUUGACAGAUGUGUUGCUUGAAGCAGAAGUACCUGUACUGCCGCUGCAUAUAUGUAGAGAUAGGUAUGCUUUGACCCUGCCUCUGAAUGAAGGACAUUUGUGUGCUGGGAGUACUGAUGGAAGUACCGGAGCUUGUGUGGGUGACAGCGGCGGCCCGCUCCAGUGCCGGUCGGGCGGGCGCUGGGAGCUGCGCGGGCUGACGUCGUUCGGCUCGGGCUGCGCGCGGCGCGGCGUGCCCGACGUCUACACCAACGUGGCGCACUACGUGGCCUGGAUCUACGCGCACGUCUACGCCACCUAG